GGGCCAGCUAGGGCUGAGGCAGGUCUGAAGGUCAGGAAUGUUUCCCAGGGAGGCUUUUCAACGCUGUAGUUCUCCGAGACAAGUCAGGAGCUUGUGUGCUUAUCUGGGGACACACAGGCCUGCCCUGAGAUGUCUGGACAGGACGGUGAAUGGGAAAGGAAGAAACCGAAGAGCUUAUGAGGGGGCCCAACACCCAGGAACUUCCGGCUGCCAGCUUUCUUAGACGUCCUUGAGAUGUGACCAGCAGGGACAGGGAAAGGCUAGAACCCUCCGAGAGAUUCAGUAGGAUCACUGCAGGAGAAAGGAAGUCUGCAGACUGGAACUACUGAGGCACCUCACCUUUUGGACUGAGUGACAACUGACCAUCGCCUCCAGCAGUGAGAGACAGCUGCUCUGGGACUACUUCAACUCAUAGAGGCACCCAGCCUCAAGGACCAAGCAUGAGGUUCUCAGCAUCUCAGGGCCGAAAACUGAUGAAAUCAGAGAGGUUGCUGACCCCAGCAGUCCUGCUGAGAAACCAUUAGGUCUAUUGCCAUGGAGACCAAAGACUCUGAAGACUGGGAAAAACCUCAGAGGAAAUCAGUGAGCAGCUCAUGGAAAAGCAAUCAUGGCCCAGCUGAGACGAGGCAUGAGAUACAUCAGGAGAACACAGAGGCGCUUGAGUCUGGGGAGGAGGCUCAAGAUGAAGAACCCCACUGCCACAUCCCAAUCCAGAGGAAUUCCAUCUUCAAUCGUGCCAUGAGACACAAAGGCAAGGCCAGGACCAUGUCUGGGCGGAGCAUCAGCCACCACGCAGAUUCACCAGCAAUAGGGAAAUCUGUAAACGAACCCUUGGCCUUCAACCUGCCACAGGGCAGAGCGCCUCCCUGGGAAACACAAGCACAGAGGGACGCAGGAGCUCGGGAAGCCAGCGAGUCAUCCUCCACCCCUGGAAAUGGGACCACACCCGAGGAGUGCCCUGCCCUUACUGACAGCCCCACCACGCUCACCGAGGCCCUGCAGAUGAUCCAUCCGAUUCCCGCAGACUCCUGGAGAAACCUCAUCGAGCAAAUAGGGCUCCUGUAUCAAGAGUAUAGGGAUAAGUCGACUCUCCAAGAAAUCGAAACCCGGAGGCAACAGGAUGCAGAAGUACAAGGCAACUCAGAUGGGUCCCCGACUGGGGAAGACACCCCAGAGGAGGAAGAGGAAGAGGAGGAGGAGGAGCUGGCCAGCCCACCUGAGAGGAGAGCUCUGCCUCAGAUCUGCCUGCUCAGCAACCCCCACUCCAGGUUCAACCUCUGGCAAGACCUUCCAGAGAUCCAGAGCAGCGGUGUGCUGGACAUCCUCCAGCCAGAGGAGAUCAAACUGCAGGAGGCUAUGUUUGAGCUGGUCACCUCCGAGGCCUCCUACUAUAAGAGCCUGAACCUGCUGGUGUCACACUUCAUGGAGAACGAGCGGCUGAAGAAGAUCCUGCACCCGUCCGAGGCCCAUAUCCUCUUUUCCAAUGUCCUGGAUGUCCUGGCUGUCAGUGAGCGGUUUUUGCUGGAGCUGGAGCACCGCAUGGAGGAGAACAUCGUCAUCUCGGACGUGUGCGACAUCGUGUACCGCUACGCAGCCGACCACUUCUCAGUCUACAUCACCUACGUCAGUAACCAGACCUACCAGGAGAGGACGUACAAGCAGCUCCUACAGGAGAAGACGGCUUUCCGGGAGCUGGUCGCACAGCUGGAGCUGGACCCCAAGUGCAAGGGCCUGCCCUUCUCCUCCUUCCUCAUCUUGCCCUUCCAGAGGAUCACAAGACUCAAGCUGCUGGUCCAGAACAUACUCAAGAGAGUGGAGGAGAGGUCUGAGCGUGAAGGCACCGCCUUGGAUGCCCACAAGGAGCUAGAAAUGGUGGUAAAGGCAUGCAACGAGGGUGUCCGGAAGAUGAGCCGCACGGAACAGAUGAUCAGCAUUCAGAAAAAGAUGGAGUUCAAGAUCAAGUCAGUGCCCAUCAUCUCACACUCCCGGUGGCUGCUGAAGCAGGGCGAGCUGCAGCAGAUGUCCGGCCCCAAGACCUCCCGCACCCUGAGAACCAAGAAGCUCUUCAGAGAAAUUUACCUCUUCCUCUUCAAUGACCUGCUGGUGAUCUGCCGGCAGAUCCCUGGAGACAAGUACCAGGUAUUUGACUCAGCCCCGAGGGGCCUGCUGCGAGUGGAGGAGCUGGAGGACCAGGGCCAGACGCUGGCUAAUGUGUUCAUCCUGCGGCUGCUGGAAAAUUCAGAUGACCGGGAGGCCACCUACAUGCUGAAGGCAUCCUCCCAGAGUGAGAUGAAGCGUUGGAUGACCUCACUGGCCCCCAACAGGAGGACCAAGUUCGUGUCCUUCACAUCCCGGCUGCUGGACUGUCCGCAGGUCCAGUGUGUGCACCCGUACGUGGCCCAGCAGCCCGAUGAGCUGACGCUGGAACUGGCAGAUAUCCUGAACAUCCUGGAGAAGACCGAGGAUGGGUGGAUCUUUGGUGAGCGCCUGCACGACCAGGAGAGAGGCUGGUUCCCCAGUUCCAUGACAGAGGAGAUCCUGAACCCCAAGAUCCGCUCCCAGAACCUCAAGGAGUGUUUCCGAGUACAUAAGAUGGAGGACCCUCAGCGCAGCCAGAAUAAGGACCGAAGGAAGUUGGGCAGCCGGAAUCGUCAAUGAACUGCCCCCACGCAGCUCAGGCACCAGCCUGAAGGAGGGGUGUAGGCAGGGGGCAGGAGCAGGCCCAGCAGAGACCCCACCCCAACAGAUAGAGAGUGUUAGGAAGGGCAAUCAGUGCCUUCCCAGGCAGCAGGAGUGGCCUGGGCCUGCACUGUCCCUGCCCACGCAGAGGGGACUCCACUGUCCUGGCCACUGGCUUGCUUCCAGUGCCAGCGGAAGGCUAAGUAUUUAGCAGUAUUACAUCACCUCCCCUCCAGCCUGUCAGUGCUAGAAGCGGGCAGGCAUGCUCCAGAGACCUUGCCGGGACUGGAAGAGGCCCGCCCAAGGGUCCCUGGCAGGAGGCAGGCAGAAGGCAACUACCGUCAGGAUCCCCUGAACUGCACGUGUCUUUCCCUACUUUGGAAGCCGUUGCAAGCCUACCAGGCACACCAAUGGCCUGCCCCUGCCCGAGGGCGCUUGGUGAGCAGUCUCUGCCAGCCCAUCCCUCUGCCUCUGCCAGCCUAUCUUGCACGGCCAAGCCCUGCCCUCAGCAGGCCCUCUAAAGCUUAACUGAGGGUUCAGGCCACCUCUAGCUGCUUGAAGGGCUAGAUGUCACUUGUGUCUCCUGGCCCCUGAAGGAGCCCGGGUGUGUUGUAGAAUGAAUUGGUCACUGCAUCCUUUAUGGUCAUGGUUUUGAGAAAAGCAAAUAUCAUUUUUGGCUGCAUUAAAAAAGAAAAAAGCAUCCUGUAUAAAAUAA